AUGGGAAGAGAAACUGUCAUUGCACUUGUUGGAAAACCGUCUAGUGGAAAAUCCACCACUUUGAAUUCAUUAACCGAUGCUAACGCCAAGGUGGGUGCGUUCCCGUUCACCACCAUCGAUCCUAACAAGGCCACAGGCUAUUUGGAAGUCGAGUGUGCCUGUUCUAGAAUGAAACUUCAAUCUCAGUGCAAACCCAACUACGGCUAUUGUCGAGACGGCAAGAGAGGUGUCCCCAUCAUGUUGUUGGACGUCGCAGGGUUGGUGCCGAAUGCUCACUUGGGACGUGGUUUGGGUAACAAGUUUUUGGGAGACUUGACCGAGGCCGAUGCCUUGAUCCAUAUUGUGGACGCCAGUGGAACCACCAAUGCCGAAGGAAAGGCCACUAGAGGUUACGAUCCACUUGCAGAUAUCGAAUGGUUGCAGGACGAGAUUUUCAGAUGGAUUUUGGGCAACCUUACCGAAAGAUGGGGCUCGGUGGUGAGAAGACAUACCGCUACCAAAUCCAGUACGUUGGAGACUUUGAGAGCACAGUUGGGUGGUUAUUCGGCAAACAAGCAAUUGAUUGGUAAAGCAUUAGAUCUUUUACCAGGACUUGCUCCAUUGCAGGAAUGGGAUAACGAAACCAUCGAGAAGGUCGUGAAAGCCUUCAUGAAAGUCAAGUUCCCCACCAUUUUGGCUUUGAACAAGAUGGACCAUCCAGAUGCAGACAAGAAUGUGUCUAAAAUUAUAUUGAAAUAUCCCGACACCAAGGCGGUGUUGACCUCGUCCAUAACCGAGGUGUUUUUGAGAAAGUUGGCUGGACAAGGAUACAUCAAGUACGACUCUGGCACAGAAUUUAUUGACACAGCAGACGAUAUUCCUGGCUUGAAGCCAUUGGAUGACAAACUUCGUAAUAGAAUAGAGAACAUUAGAGACUUGGUCCUCUACAGGUUCGGAUCGACAGGGGUGGUGCAGUUAUUACAGGCAGCAGCCGAGACCUUGGAUCUCAUUCCAUUUUUCCCGGUUAGAAGCAUGAAUUUCAAUGGGGAGGUAUUCAGAGACUGUGUGCUUGUCAAGAGAGGAACCCCAGUGAUUCUAGUGGCCAGAAAGAUCAUGGGAGAAGUCACCAUUGCAUCCAUCGAAGGAGUGGGUGGAAACAGAGUAUCCGAGGAUGAUACUGUCGAUGUGGGCAAGAACGAUAUCUUGUCUUUCAAGGUGGUUCCGGGUGGAAGAUAG